AUGGUUUCUAGAACCUUUUAUCGUCGCCUUGGAUUUCCGGCUCAAAAUCCGCCAAGAUUUAGAGUCCAAAUCAAAGCACAUUGGUUUAAAAUCAUAGGAUUGUUUUUUCUUUGGCCUUUCACCCAAUCCAAACUCAUAUCUACGUAUAUGGAAAAUCGGAAACACAAAUCAGAAGGUCUAAAAGAAGCUACUGUUCGAGGCAGAUGGCAUGUUGCUCGGGCUUGUACUUUUCAUCUGCUAUCAAUCACCGUCACCAUUAUCUUAUUACUUUUGAAUAGUCUCGAGGUCUACUCUGAUUCUAUCGGUCCUGAUGUCGAAAAUCUUAACGCUCGGCUAAAUGCACUUCAAUUUGGGGCCAAAAUGCACGAAAUCUUCAUUAGUGCUUCACUAUCAACCAUGGGCCUCAGUCUACUUCAAUACGAAAUCCUAAAUAGAGAAAUUCCUUUCGGUGGACUGUUUGCCGGGUUUAGAAUCAACGACCUUGGCUCACUUUUGUCCCCUGAUUUAUGGGCCAUUGGUACCCAUGGGACGAAGAAGUUUCUUUUGCUCGCACUCACGUUGUCACUAUUGACAAUUCUAGCCGCAAUCUGUGGUCCUGCUUCGGCAAUUCUAAUGUUGCCGUCAUUGGGCUGGUGGGAAGUUUCUUUGACGCAGACUUUGGAAUCCUUAGUCGGCUUCGCGAUCACGUCGAAGCCUCUGUUCUUUAUUGGUGCGAAUGCGUCCUCACUUUGGCCGAUGAAGAUAAGAAAUUCGAACUACAGCCCAUAUGUUUGUGAUGUUUCCAAUUUUAAUAAUACUCUAUCAAUUCCAAAUGGUUGUCCGGGUGGUGGUGCCUCAGUUAUUUUUGAUUGGGCUCGUGCGACAUUCUCGUUGGGUUAUGCUAAUCCAUUGAGGUGGAAUAUAACCAUGCCUAUUUUUCGAAACACUUCGUAUGAUUCUCCCGGUCCAACUUUUAGUCGUUUUCUUGAAGGGGCAAGUUACAUGGACUGGCAAGUGGCGGGAUCGAAUUACUGGUUCUUAAGCCAGACUAUUUCUAUACCGGCUGCGGAGACUCUUGUUUCGAUAGCUCUGGCUAUAGGUUUUGGCAAUGCGACUACUCGCUGGAAGCUCAUGUUAUCAAAUGAGAGUGACCCACCAGCGGCCCAGGCAUUCGCAACCUGUAGCAGAAAUGAUAGCCGGGUCUACCAAAAGACUACUCGCUUAAUCCGCCAUAUAUCCGAUUUCUCGAUCGUCACAAAGCAAGGAAACACUUCAUUUGUAUUGAAAGACGGAGAAAGCCAUGCUUUAGGUCUACCUUAUGCUAGUGUUGAUGUGAAAUUUAUGUUCCCACUGGAAGCACCUGCCCGUGGCUCUUGGUACUCUAACGCUAGCACUGCGCUAGAUCUCUGGAAUGGCUCCCAGCAAAGUGUAUCAACCUGGGUAAGCUCUGAGGGACAAAGAGCAUCAAUUGGUGCUGCUAUGAUAACAUGUGAUGAGUCGCUCGGACAUGGAAUAUGUGAAUCACAUCAGUCUUGGGCCCCUCUUUUGUUCAAUACCUGCUCUGUAUUUGCUCGAUGGCAACCGAUGGAAAGCUUUAUCAAUCCUAGUAUAGAUAAAUUCGUUCACCUAUCAGGAUCUGAUAGCCCCGAUAGGAGCUUAGAUAAGUGGCUACGAAGCAAUUAUUCUGAUUUUGACCUGCAAAAGGUUCGAAUUGAUGCUGAUUGGGCGAAUUCUGCAUUGCCGCCGGAAGCUUUCACUCAUAUGGACACUGCCUUUGGUGUUGUAGUUACCAUUUUGAUUGCAGACGCAAUGGCUAGAAGUGGCAAGAGCAAGCCUGUCAUCCUUAAGGGAAAUUCCGCAUCCGCACCAUGGUCAGAUCCACGGGAUUUUCCAGAAUGGAAUCUUUUUUUCCAUGAUAUCCUCUCGUUUGAAGAUUCGGAAACAAACCCCGAAGAGUUUACCCCUAUCGACAUACGACAGUGGCGCAAUGGCUACAGUUACUCUCUGACCGGUAGUACCAGACGUCUCGCUUUCGGCAUCCUUCUUGUACACAUUCUAUUUGCGCUGAUCCACACAACACUUCUUAUAUGGAUAGGAUGGAGUUGCGAUAUCUUCAAAUCUCUUUGCGAAAUUGUUGCGCUCGCUAUUAAUUCGUCUCCGACUCCAAUUUUGGAAAACACUUGUGUGGGAAUCGCAAGGUUGGAUACUUAUAAACAUAUCGUGAAAGUGAGAGAAGUUUCGGAACAGCAUCUGGGUUUGGUUCUGGCGGGAGAGGAGGGAAGCUCCAAGGUUGUGGUUAUGGGGAAGAUGUAUGGAAAUGUGGGAGUUAAAAAGGGUCAUCUGAAAGUUGAGUAG